AUGCAAACUGAUUUAGCUAGGAGAAUGGAAUUAGUGAAGUCGAGGUUCAAGAGGGUUUGUGUGUUUUGUGGAAGCAGCAGUGGAAACAGAGACUGUUACAGAGAUGCAGCCAUUGAUCUAGCUCAAGAGCUGGUUGCGAGGAGAUUGAAUCUUGUGUAUGGAGGAGGAAGCAUUGGUCUCAUGGGUUUGGUUUCACAAGCUGUUCAUGAAGCUGGAGGACAUGUACUAGGGAUCAUACCAAGGACUCUUAUGGACAAAGAGAUCACCGGAGAAACAUUUGGUGAGGUAAGAGCUGUUGCUGAUAUGCAUCAAAGGAAAGCCGAAAUGGCAAGCCACUCCGAUUGUUUCAUCRCAUUACCUGGUGGGUAUGGAACACUAGAAGAGUUAUUGGAAGUAAUAGCAUGGGCACAACUUGGAAUCCACGACAAACCUGUGGGAUUGUUAAAUGUGGAUGGUUAUUACAAUUACCUUCUCACUUUCAUUGAUAAAGCCGUUGAUGAUGGCUUUAUCAAACCAUCUCAGCGACAUAUCUUUGUCUCUGCCUCCAAUGCCAAAGAGCUUGUCCAAAAACUUGAGGCGUAUGAGCCUGUGAGUGAUGGAGUUAUAGCAAAAUCUAAGUGGGAGAUUGAGAAGAAAGGGCUCUGUUCUUCUAACACAAGCAUGAAGACUGAAAUUGCUCUUUAG